UUCAACUCUUUACUAACCAACCAACUAACCAACCAAAUUUCAGCUACACUUCGUCCUUCACUAGACUUAUUGAUUAUUAGUGUGAAGCGAAGUGUCUUUCAUAAUUCUACCAACCAUAGUUUAGCUAAGAGAAAAGAAGAAGAAGAAGAAGUAGUAGAUGACUUCAUUUAAACACAUACACACACUUAUGCUUUUUACUAACUAGACUAACUAGUCUAUCUAUCUAUCAUUCUCUCUCUCUCGCUCGCUCGCUCUAUCUAUCUAUCUAACUAUAUCUACCACUUAAAUUAUUAGUAUUUGUCAACUACUAGCUUAAACGCUGACGCCUUAGUAUACAUUUACGCAGAGAAAAAAUACACAUACAACUAGUAAAACGUUAGAUUACUACUACAACUACAUUUAUGGCCCAAUUUCAACCUAUUUCACUUAGUCAAUCAGUACAACUACCAUCACAACAAUCGGUACAACAACAACAACAGCAGGUUCUUCAACAAAAUCCAUGUCAAUAUCAACUUGAAUCGUGUGAUAUUAAACCACAAUUCUCAAUCAUUCCAUCAGUUUCACAAACUUUAACUAACAACAGUAAUAUGAAUAAUAUAACACAAGGUGGGAUUGGUAAUGUUGGCGCAUUGAUGACUACAUUAGACAAUGUAGUCAGUGGAAUGAACAAUGUCAAUUCAGGACAAUUUUCUACAUCAAUGAGUCAUGCAGAUGUUGCUUCAUUAUUAAUGAAUCCAAGUAAACGAGCAGAAACAUUUGUAAUUGAUGAAAUCAAAGUAAUGUUAAAAGAGAUUGAAGCAAGAAAACAUAUUCUUUUAUCACUUUCUCCGUCAACAAAUCGUUUAAAACGUCGUGCAUGGGAAGAAGUUGCUGUUUGUAUGGCUAAUCGUUGGCCACAUGCUCCAAGAAGAUCAGCUGAUCAAGUAAAGAAAAAAUGGGAGAAUUUAGUAUCAAAAACAAAACGUAAAGUACGCGCUGGUCAUAUUACACCAGAUUUAGACUGGAAUGAAACUAAUGCAGCUGUUAUGCAAUUUCUUACACAACAUAGUCCACCAGUACGUUUACGUUAUUUAACAUCGACAUCGCCCUCAUUGAUGAAUUUCAAUAAUUUACAAACUUCUUCCACGUCGUCUUCAUCAGCACCAUCCAUCUUGUCUAACACGUCAGCAGCAGCUGCUGCCGCCGCGGCCGCUGCUGCUGCGGCAGCAUCAGUUUCUUCGUCCUUGAUCAAUAAUCAUUGUACAAAUGGUUUGAUGCCGAUGAAUUCCACAAAUUAUGGAUUAUUGAAUGGUAGUAGUUUCUUAGAUUCAUAUAACCAUACUAAUACUACUAACAACAAUAAUAAUAGUAGUAAUAAUAGUAUGAAUGCACCAAUUUUUCCCGGUAAUCAAUCAUCCUCUUUAAUGUUAUCCAGUUCGAAAUCGAAUUUUGUAAAUUCCAAUAUGAAUCAAGAUAAUAACACGAAUAACAGUAAUAGUAAUAAUAAUAACAGUAGUAAUAAUAAUAAUAAUGCCAGUCAAUUAUCAUCAUUUGGAAAUCAUGAAACUAGUCAGUUGAACUCGUCCACCGAAGAAACUGAUAUCGAUAUGACUAAUGCAAACAAUGUUCAAAAUACUACUAUUGGAGGUGUUUCCGAUGUUGGCAAUAUUACUGGUUCAGUGCAUGAAUCAUUUCUCUCGUCAUUUUCACCAUUCAAUCAAUCUUUCAUGAAUUUUGGUUUACCAUCAACAACAACUGAUUCAUUCUAUACAACAUUUAGUCGUGAUAUACAAAAAGAGCUGUAUUUACAAUUAAAACAAGAACAUGAAUUACGUAUGGAUAUAUUACGUUUACAAAAACAAACAUGGUUAUUACAAAUGAAUUUAUUUAAAAAAAUGAAAAUUGAACAAAUUUCAAGUUUAUUUUCAUCGCCUAGUUUAAUGACACCAAAUACAACCAAUACUACUAGUAGUACUACUACUACUAAUGUUAAUUCAACGUCUAUAUCAUCUGCUGCUGCAGCUAGCAUGACAACGGCAACAACUGCUACUACCACUACUACUAAUCCUGUUAUCAGUAGUAGUAGCAUAAAUGGUACGUGUACUACUAAUUCAAUACCAUUGAACACAACAACUAUAACUGAUGAAACAAUGAGUACUACUUCCAUGAUACCUACACAAUCAACAACCAACUCUGUAUCUUCCUAUUCCACACAGAAUAAUAAAGAAAUGGAAUCACAAUGUCUCAUCAGUAGUACAUCAAAACAUUCCUCCUCUUUAUCACCAAUGUUCCCACAAGAUGGCGGCAGUGGAGGCGGCGUCGGCGGUGUUGAUGAUCAACGAGAUCAUCAUCAUCAUCAUCAACAACAACAGGAUAAUGAUAAUGAAUUGUUGAAUAAAAAAUGUAAAUCAGACAAUGAAAUGAUAACAAAACAAGAAAUCUAACUCCAUAUUGAACAUUGUAC